AUGGUUCCGACCCAUUUUAUGCAACAUAACAGCAUCCUCGACACAUUCAAGCAGAGCCCCGAAUCUUUUGACCAUUACACCCACUACUAUACCUCCAAAUUGUUUGGGCUUCUCUGGGCACUUGCUCUCUCUCGACGCAUUGACCGUGAAAAGUUUUCGGUCGUUCUGGCGUCUCCUGGUCUAUGCAAGAGCGAGCUAUUCCGGCAUGUGAGGUCUGCACCCACAGAUAUUUUGGCCAAUUGCUUCGCUCGGUCAUGCGACGAGGGAGCAAGAAUGAUCAUGAUAGCCUCCGUACAAGAGCUGGCAGAGAACAGUGAGCCCAGCUACUAUAGCCAAGGAAGCCUAGUACCCGUUUCUCGCUUUUCGUCAAGCGCCGAAGGACUCCUCUGUCAGGACAGACUGUGGCAGGAAGUGGCGAGCACGCUAGUGCAGGUGGAUCCUGACUUUGAAGCUUAUUUGCAACUAGCCUGCUAA